CUCGGUGCCCGGCGAGGCCGAGGGCAGCGGGGCUGCGCCGGGCCAUGGCGGAGAGGAGCGGCGCUCGCGUCCCGCGGGCGGGAGGCACCGGGGCGGGCGGGCGCGCCGUGUCCGGAGCGGGGCCGCAGGGUCCGCCGGGGAGCUGCGCCGCUGCGCCGGGGCCGCUGGAGUGCCGCCGCUGCCGCUACCUGUGCACGGCCAGGGCCUGCUGCCAGGGGGUGGGAGCGCUGCUCGCCGCGCUGGUCCUGGUCUGCAGCUCCGUGUCCUACGGCUCGACGGGAGGCUACACGGGCGUCGCCAGCCUGGGGGGCAUCUACUACUACCAGUACGGCGGGGCGUACAGCGGCUUCAGCGGAGCAGAUGGGGAGAAGGCCCAGCAGCUUGACCAGCGUUUCCACCUCCUCAAGCUGCCAAUUGCAAGGGCAGCAAUGGCCAUGGGAGGGUCUUUAAUGGUCUUCUCCUGCCUUCUCAUUUUGUUUGGUGUCUUACAGCUACCGUGGCAUUUUCCAGCAUGGCUCCUACUUGAAUGCACCCUGGACGCAGUGGUAGCCAUUGGCUUGGUGCCUGCUCUGUACUAUUUCUUCCAUCAUCUGCUGGAGGUUUAUAAUUCAUCGGUGUGCAAAGAGAGAGAGCAGCUUUACCAAAGCAAAGGCUAUCAGGGCUUUCGGUGCAGCCUACAUGGGGCAGAGAUUGCUGCUGGCCUCCUAGGCUGCAUAGCUGUCAUGGCCUACCUGCUUAGUGCUGGCCUGGCUGUCAAGGGGUACAGAACAGUUUGCAAACUGAAACAGAAGCCAGUACAAGUCUAUGAGCUUUAGAAUUAUUCCUCUGCUCUAGUAAUGCUCAGGAUUUUUGCCAGCCUCCCUACUGAGAUGAAACAGCACAUUUUUCUUGCUUGUUAACAGUGUAUCCUUAAUGCUACAACAGAACACACACAGAAACAGUACAGUUCCAAAUAUAGUGAAGCCAAGCUAUUCAAACUUGGAUUUGCAUUGUUGAAUUAUUAGUGGACACAUUGUCCCGUGGAUUGUCUUCAUCUGGCAGCUCUCUUAGUAGAGAAUGGGUGUUGUUGACUCUAGCAAGCUGCCUGCUUUACAGGUAGUGCUUCUACCCCUCUCUCAAGGUGGCUUGUUCUCCUCCAAUGAGAUCUUGCUACAAGUAGCUGGCAAGACACCAUAAAUAACAAAACAGGAACAAAUGGAUUAAUGAUCAGAACAAGUUAGAUAAAUAUAAACAUCAGAUGCGUAUCUGUUUUCUCACCACUGCACAUCUGAAUGACCAUUCUUACCUCUUAUACUGGUCAGCCACUGAAAUUGGAAGAGAGCCUUCAAUUACAGCUUUGAUGACACUCCGAGUCCUGUUAUCUCAGAUGUGCUCCAACAAUGUAUGUUCUCUUAGUCGUUGCUAAAACCAUUUUUUUCUUUAGCACAUUUGGUUUUGAAUGCUUCAAGGCUAUGCAGUCAGGGAGCAUACUGAGAUACUCUUCUGGAGAAAUCUUUGCUCCCAAAUGUAGAUCGUUGAAAGAGAGGUUUGCUUAACUAGGCUCUAGGUUUCCCUCUCAGUCUCAUCUAGUACUUUGUGUACUAGGACAUUGCUUAUGGUAAAAUGUUGUACCCAGCACCUUCCUAAAAAUAAGAUAGCUGAUGUUGAUAAUCUCCCAGCAUGUAUCAGAUAGCACAGCUGGUAUCUGUCAUGGACACACAAGACUGAGGGAACUGGGCUUGUUUAGCUUGGAGAAGAGAAGACUCUGGGGAGACCGUAUUGCGGCCUUCCAGUACUUGAAGGGAGCAUAUAAACAGGAGGGGGAACUCCUGUUUACAUAUGUAGAUAGUGAUAGGACAAGGGGGAAUGGUUUUAAACUAAGACGGGGAGAUUUAGGUUAGAAAUUAGGAGAAAGUUUUUUGCUCUGCGGGUGGUGAGGCACUGGAACAGGUUACCCAGAGAGGUUGUGGAUGCGCGAUCCCUGAAGGCAUUCAAGGCCAGGCUGAAUGCAGCUCUGGGCAGCCUGCUCUAGUGGUUGGCAACCCUGCCCAGAGAAGGGGGGUUGAAACUAGAUGAUCUUUAAGGUCCUUUUCAACCCAGGCCAUUUUAUGACUCUAUGACUUCUGCUGGUGAACAGCUUUCCAUAGCUGAGACUUUUACAAAGGACCUGUGGCUGUCCACUGAGAACAGAGACUGUCCACAGAGAAGCAAGCAAUGAGGCUGGUGGUUGUGGCAGCUAAUUAUUGCUUCAUAUAGAUCUUUUGGCACUAACAGGGCAGUUUGAACAUGGCAUUUAUAUUGCCAUCAGAGAAUCCUGAAAUAAACUUACAGAAUGGUGAAUAUACUCAGCCUAAUUUGUGACACAAUGUCUUCUUUUCAAACUCUCUUGGUGAGGGUACCCUUUUGUACGGAAUGAUCUUUUAUAAAAGCAAAAUUGCUAUGUACAAGUUGACUCCCUGAGUUGGGCUAAUCAGGGAAAAGCUUUAAGAGCUCAGACAGGUGGUUUAAGACGUGUAUUGUUUUCAAAACAUUCUUAAUGUGCAAGCUGGGAAAAUGAGAUUCUGAUCUUGUAUUAUUUAUAAGCAUAUAAAGGUGAAAUGUACUC